AUGCCCGUCCAGAUCUACUCCUUCUACAUCUUCGACCGCCACACAGAGUGCGUCUACAGCAAGCUCUGGCUCGGCCAGCCCGCCGGCUCCGGUCCUCUCCAGGCCGCCGCUGCCGCCUCCACUCCUGCCGCCCGUAACCGCGCCUCCGACGACGCAAAGCUCAUCUUCGGCACCGUCUUCAGCUUGCGCAACAUGGCCCGCAAGCUGGGCGGCGACGACGACGCCUUCAUCUCCUACCGCACCGCCACCUACAAGCUCCACUACUACGAGACCCCGACAAACCUGCGCUUCGUCCUCCUGACCGAGCCGGGAGCGCUCAGCAUGCGCAAUGUCCUCCACCAGAUCUACAUCAACCUUUGGGUCGAGUAUGUCGUCAAGAACCCCCUCUCGCCCGUCGAGCACAAGGGCGGCGCCGGCGUGCGCAACGAGUUGUUCGAGCUCGGCCUGGACAAGUUCAUCCGUGGCAUGAUGUGA